CCUCCAUGGGGCUGACCUGGAAGCAGCGGGUCUUCACAGCCCUGCUGGGGGCUGCGGCCGUCUCAGGCCUCACCACGCUCAUUCUCAUCCUGGUGGGGGCCACCCACGUCCUCCUGCCCGCCGACACCAAGUUCGGGAUCGUGUUCGACGCUGGGUCCUCCCACACGUCACUCUUUGUGUAUCAGUGGCCGGCAAACAAGGAGAACGACACGGGUGUGGUCAGCCAAGCCCUGGCCUGCCAGGCGAGAGGGCCCGGCAUCUCCUCCUACGCCUCUAACCCUGAGCAGGCUGGCGAGAGCCUGCAGGGCUGCCUGGAGGAGGCGCUGGCGCUGAUCCCAAAGGCCAAGCAUCAGGAAACGCCCAUGUUCCUGGGGGCCACGGCCGGCAUGAGGCUGCUGAGCCAGAAGAACAGCUCUCAGGCGGAGGACAUCUUCGCGGCGGUCAGCCAGGUCCUGGGCCGGUCUCCCGUGGACUUCUGGGGUGCUGAACUCCUGGCUGGGCGGGAUGAAGGGGCCUCAGGUUGGAUCACCAUCAACUACAUCCUGGGCCUGCUUGUGAAGUACUCCUUCUCUGGAGAGUGGAUCCAGCCUCUGGAGGGGGCGCUGGUGGGCGCCCUGGACAUGGGUGGAGCCUCCACCCAGAUCACCUUUGUGCCCGGAGGCCCCAUCCUGGACAAGGCCACCCAGGCCACCUUCCGGCUCUACAGCACCAGCCACAGCGUCUACACCCACAGCUACCUCUGCUUUGGGCGCGACCAGAUGCUGAACCGGCUGCUGACGGCACUGGUGCAGCGCAGCCCCGGCCUCCUGGUGCGCCACCCCUGCUACCACAGCGGCUACCGGGCCACGCUGGCCUCGGGCCCCCUGUAUGAGUCACCCUGCAUCCAGGCCGCGGCCCCCGCGGACCCCGGCCAGAACCUCACCGUGGAGGGGACGGGGAACCCUGGGGCCUGUGUCGCCGCCAUCCGGGACCUCUUCAACUUCUCCGGCUGCGACGGCCAAGCAGACUGUGCCUUCGACGGGGUCUACCAGCCCCCCGUGCGGGGCCCGUUCUACGCUUUCUCCAACUUCUACCACACCUUCCACUUCCUGAACCUCACCUCCAGGCCGCCGCUGGCCACGGCCAACGCCACCAUCUGGGAGUUCUGCCAGAGGCCCUGGAAGCAGGUGGCGGGGAGCUCGCCCGGGCAGGAGCGCUGGCUGCCUGACUACUGCGCCUCGGGCCUCUACAUCCUCACGCUGCUGGUCGAGGGCUACGGGUUCAGCGAGGAGACCUGGGGCGGCAUUGAGUUCCGCGAGCAGGCCGGCGGCACCGACAUCGGCUGGACCCUGGGCUACAUGCUGAACCUCACCAGCCUGAUCCCGGCCGAGGCGCCCACCCAGGGGCGGGCACAGAGCUGCGGCGUCUGGGUGGCCGGCGUCGUCUUUGUGGUGCUGACCCUCACGGCCGUCCUCGGGGCCAGCGCCGUGCAGCUCUUCUGGCUCCAGGACUAG